AUGGCUCAGCCGCCAGCCAUCGUCAUCAUUGCCAGACAUGGCAUGCGACUCGAUGCUGCCGAUCAAUCAUGGCAUUUGUCGACACCUACACCAUACGACCCGCCGCUGACAUAUGGCGGGUGGAAUCAGAGCCGCGCUCUGGGGAUGCGCAUCGCCAGUCUACUGCAUGCCCGCGAACAGGAGGCUGAUGCUCCAUCGCAUCAUCACGGAACCACUUCACCACCGCACUCGGGCCAUGCAGCCAACACACAUCACAGCAACCGGAAGCGGAAACGAAAGCACCGCGUGGUAAUACAUUCCUCGCCCUUUCUCCGAUGUCUCCAGACCGGAGUCGCUAUAGCUGCAGGCAUGGCACAAUACGAGCCUCCCCGAGAGGCGGUCAUAUCUCCCAGCAAUUCUCGGCCGAAUCUCACACGAUACCGGACCGCUGCUCAGCUCUACUCGGCUACUGCGCGAUUCCGCAGUAUGGAUCCUUCCUCGUUGGCGCCGCACCUGGCAUCAAUCGCUGAACCGCGGAACGACUUCGCGCAUGAUCUGGCGCGCAAGAGUUUGCAACACGAACAUCGGAGACAUCGGCAGGCAAAGAUGCGGGUGGAUCCCUUCCUGGGUGAAUGGAUGAACCCGCAAUACUUCGAGCACAUUACUCCUCCGCCGCCGAGCUGUAUGAUGCUAGCGACUGCGAAGGUGGAACUGAUGCAUAAUGAGUCGGUGGAUGUCUACAUCCCUAAUGCCCCGACGACGAAGCCUUCACCGGAUCUAUGGAACGGUACGCAGAAUCACUCAGGUGCUAGUCGAGAGAGCCCACUGGACGACUGGUCGUCCAUGCAUGACGGGUUGACAAUGGCCGGUCCAUCGCAUCGUCGCGACCGGGCUAGCAGCACGAGCAGCGUCGGCAGCAAUGACAGUGGAUCGGGGAGAUCGCCUUUCCGAUCAGGACAUGUUUUGCAACCUCUCACGUCGACCUUCUCCCAUCAUAGCCACCACCAGCAUCAUAGCAAUCACCAUCACCACGGCCACCACCACGGGAGCCAUGUCAACAACUCCAAUUCAGAUUCCUUCACAUACACACCGCCGACACCGAGCUACUCAGUAUCGAACUCCGACCACAUCCCGAGAGGAUACGUUUCGCACGCACGGAAUGCUUGUGUAAAUGUGGAUAGAAAUUGGGAUAGCAGCCGGCCGCCUUUAGAAUGGGGAGAUGGUGGAGAACUGGGAGAAGAGUGGUCAUCGAUGCACCGACGAUUUCGAAGGGGUCUGAACAAUCUGAUGGAGUGGUACAGCCAACACAACGCGGACGAUCGUGGAGAAGAUGCGUUGGGAUUUGAUCAAGCAGAGCGAGGAAACGGUGAAGAGGACGAACAGGAGGAUUUGGUCUUGAUCCUGGUGACGCAUGGAGCAGGAUGCAAUGCGCUCAUCGGCGCCCUCACAAAUCAGCCCGUUUUACUGGACGUGGGAAUGGCCAGCUUGACCAUGGCCGUGCGGCGGGAAGAAGCACCCACUCUCCUGCCUCGACGCUCAUCCUCAAUGAGUAUAUCUCAAGUGAUGAAUUCCUCGCACUCCGGCUCGCCAGGGCCUUCUCCCGGCAACUUCAACGAAGGACGGCGUCGCAGCAGCAACUUGGAUAUUGGCCUCAGCAACAUGUACGACAUGAAAAUCGUCGCGUCGUCGGAGCAUCUUCGGGCCGCACCGGAUCCGAAUAAACAGCAUGUCAACGCCUCGAAUGCAGCUUCGUCGGCGAAUCACUCUCGCGAACAUGGGACUCGAUCGCGGCGGCAUCGAGCAGGUUCCAACAGCGACGCUCGACGGGAAUCGUCCACUGAUCCGGAUCGACACCGCAGUCGUAGUCGAAGUAAUACGAGCACUGCGUUGGGGUCGAUUCGGCGUCCUAGCCUCCAAAGCGGCAUGCCAUCCCGGCAACCUUCUCGACAAAAUUCCAUCUCGGGCUUGAGUCGCGUGGAGAGUUUCACCAAUGUUAUUCCCGUCUUUAGUACCUCGGUAGGACUCUGGCAGCCUCCGGGAUCGGGUUCGGCAUCAAUGGAAUCCUCGGCAAGGAAUUCUCCAGCGACGUUCACACUCGGGGAUCACUCUCAGCCCCACAGCCCACCACCACCUAUCUUCACUCCUCCUCUCGAGGAACAACGCCGUCCCAGCAUCCAACACAACAUGAUGCUCGAUUUCGCAAACUCUCCGCCUGACUCUCGAGUCCAAUCCCCUCGCAUCAUGCCGUCACCAUCAUUGCUCACCGGCGAUACCACAGAAGGCGGCCUCAGCCCACACACCCGCCCCAAAGACGAAAAUGACGACACCGAUGACGACAACAAAUCUACUCAACGGGACAGCGUCCUCGGUGCCUCUGAAUCCCACGACCAUCUUCUAACCAUGGCCGCCGCCGGUGUCGCCGUGACCGCCUCUCCACCCAAAGACAGCGCCCCUCCCGCCCAGAGCCUCUCCCCAGCCGAGACCGCGACUCCCUCCAGUGACCCAGACGACCAUCUCGCCGAGCCCCCAACCUCCCUCGUCCCACCACCGACGAUCCGUCGGGGCCUCAGCCAACGCGGUCUUUGGGGCAGCAGGCCCACCGGCGAUGCCAUCCCUCAUCGCUUCGACCUCAAAUCCAAACGCCGCUGGACCUCCGCGACGCAGCCGACAGGGCCCUUGACCCGUGAGGAAAUCUCUGAAAUCCUCUCCAGCGGCGACGAGAGCAGUCACCGCAGGAUCAAGGCUGCAGAUAAGAACGCCGCAGGCCUACCGCGGUCUACCUCCACCUCGCAACUUUAUUCUUCCUCUCCAUCCUCCUCCUCUUCUCUGUCGGCGGCGGAAAUUUCCGCCUCAUUGCCGUUACCUGUCCCGUUCUCCCUCCCGCCGGCGUUCACGGCUCCCUCUUCGCCGCUCUGCCAUGGCCACGAUCAUGAUCGCGUCCCAUCGACCCCCGCAUCCGAAGUAUCAACCCUAGCAGGAGAACAGGGGGCCAAACUCCCCACCCUACCGAAUCCUCCCGCCAUCGUCCCAAAAUUCGCACUGCUACCACCUCCGAUCGCGGGUGUUGUGUCGGAAUUUGCUACUACUACUACUUCGCCCUCUGGCCCUGACCUCACGCCCGCCGCUUCCGAUGCGAGCAUGAGUCUCCUCGAGGAUGACCAUCACAACGAAGGCGAAAAACCCAUGAUGCAAUCUUGUUCAACACCCCCUUCUGCUUCUGCUUCCGAUACUACUCCCGCUCCCGCUCCCGCUGCUGCCGCUGCGACGCCCUCGCUGUGGCAGGCUCCCGCAGCGCGACGAAACUCGGGGCUUUCAACCCAGUAA